AUGGACUCACCUCCUAAGAAUGCUAUAGCAACUCCAUCUGCAUCCGCUGGUGAUGCAGCACAACGAUCUCAGUUGAAGGAACUAGAUCAGUGGAUCGAACAGCUCUAUAACUGUGAACAGCUUUCAGAAAAUCAAGUGAAAAUUUUGUGUGACAAGGCGAAAGAAAUAUUGCAAACAGAGUCAAAUGUCCAGGAGGUAAAGUGUCCGGUAACUGUUUGUGGGGAUGUUCAUGGACAAUUCCAUGAUUUGUUGGAACUUUUCAAAAUGGGUGGCAAAGCUCCAGAUACUAAUUACCUUUUCAUGGGAGACUAUGUCGACAGAGGGUAUCAUUCGGUCGAAACAGUUACACUGCUAGUUUGUCUAAAGGUGCGUUAUAAAGAACGUGUUACCAUUCUGCGAGGCAAUCAUGAGUCACGGCAGAUUACUCAGGUUUAUGGUUUUUACGACGAAUGCUUACGCAAGUACGGCAAUUCUAAUGUUUGGAAGUAUUUUACGGAUCUAUUUGAUUAUCUUCCCUUGACAGCAUUGGUUGAUGGGCAGAUAUUUUGCUUACAUGGUGGUCUUUCGCCAUCUAUCGAUAGUCUUGAUCAUAUUCGUUCUCUGGAUAGGCUUCAGGAAGUACCACACGAAGGGCCAAUGUGCGAUUUGCUAUGGUCAGAUCCUGAUGAUCGCGGAGGCUGGGGUAUUUCACCACGCGGGGCUGGUUAUACAUUUGGGCAAGAUAUAUCAGAAACUUUCAAUCAUGGUAAUGGUCUCACGCUAAUUUCCAGAGCUCAUCAGCUUGUCAUGGAGGGUUAUAACUGGAGUCACGACCGUAACGUUGUAACAGUAUUUUCGGCACCGAAUUACUGUUAUCGUUGUGCAAAUCAAGCUGCCAUGGUUGAAUUGGAUGAUGAACUACGAUACUCAUUCUUGCAAUUUGACCCGGCUCCGAGAAAAACAGAAACGAAUGUCGUCCGACAAACACCUGACUACUUCCUUUAA